UGUAAGAAGAGCUGUGUAGAGGAGGAGGAGGACAGUAGUGAUCGUAAUCAUCAACAAACCAAACUUGCUGUNGGACAGUAGUGAUCGUAAUCAUCAACAAACCAAACUUGCUGUGGCCAUGUUCAGAGGGGAUAGCGGUUCAGAGAAAGUAACAAAGCACGAUGUGAAAGCAGAGGAUUUAAUCCUGCAGUGGACGCUCCAGAACUCAUCUCAUUCCGCUGGCCAGGAAGAGAAUCCUACCCCCAGCAAAGCCGUGGAGAGAAAAUUUGAGAGGUCAUUUGUUUAUGAUGGUGACAACAGAGAAAACCCUGUUAUCAUGUCGAAACAUUUUCGCACAUUUGAUGCCAGAGGGCAGGGUGAGGGAGAGGAGGCAUUUGAUGCACAAGUGGACACAGAAAGUUUCGACAUCUUCAACGAGAAACUUGUUGCAAAUGCGUACAUCGACGAGGAUUUCUACAAGAUUCUGGAGUCAAAGGACAACAGUGAAGCAGGAUGGUGUCAUGUCGUGCUGAGGUUGGGAAGACACUAUAGUGAGCCGCAUCCUGCUUUACGUAUCGUUGAUGGAUCGACGUCCCCCGAUGGAAAGCUAAUGCAGCUAGCAGUCUCAUCCCUCAUGAGAACAUAUCAGACGGGGAAGGACUUUUCCUGUGGUGGGAAGUCAUGGUUUGUGCUGGUAAAUAAAGAGGUCGACAACGUGGAGCACGGCUAUGGCGCCCAAGUGGUUGUGGUUCUGGUUGUUGUUGUGGGUGUUGCUGUUGUUGUUGUUGUUGCUGUUGUUAUUGUCGUUGUGCAGGUCGACAGCGUGGAUCACGGCUAUGGCGCCCAGGUCGACAGCGUGGAGCACGGCUAUGGCCCCCAGGUGGUUGUGGUUCUGGUUGUUGUUGUGGUUGUUCCUGUUGUUGUUGUUGUUGUGCAGGUCGAGAGCAUAGAUCAUGGCUGUGGUGCCCAGGUACGUGACGCAGGUGUUGUGCUGGUCGACAGCGUGGAGCACAGCUAUGGCGCCCAGGUGGUUGUGGUUCUUGUUGUUGUUGAGGUAGUUGUUGUUGUUGUUGUUGUUGUGCAGGUCGACAACGUGGAUGACGGCUAUGGCGCCCAGGUCGACAGCGUGGAGCACGGCUAUGGCACCCAGGUGGUUGUGGUUCUGGUUGUUGUUGUUCAGGUCGAGAGCAUGGAUCACGGCUAUAGCGCCCAGGUCGACAGCAUGGAGCACGGCUAUGGUGCCCAGGUGGUUGUGGUUCUGGUUGUUGUUGUGGUUGUUACUGUUGUUGUUGUUGUUGUGCCGGUCGAGCGCGUGCAUCACGGCUAUGGCGCCUGCGUCGACAUCGUGGAUCACGGCUAUGGCGCCCAGGUCGACAGCGUGGAGCACGGCUAUGUCGCCCAGGUGGUUGUGGUUCUGGCUGUUGUUGUGGUUGUUGCUGUUGUUUUUGUUGUUGUCUUGGUCGACAGCGUCAACAGCGUGGAUCACGACUAUGGCGCCCAGGUCGACAGCGUGGAGCACGGCUAUGGCGCCCAUGUGGUUGUGGUUCUGGUUGUUGUUGUGGUUGUCGUUGUUGUUGUUGUUGUUCUGCAGGUCUUCAACGCGGAUCAUGGCUAUGGCGCCCAGAUAUGAAUUGAAUUUUGGACUACAAAAUGUAGAAGUGUUUGGUGAACUUAAAAUGAUUCUGCCUAAACAAAUAAAAAGGAUAUGC